ACAUUGAAAAUAUUCUGAAAGUCAAAAUAUGUAUAAAAUGAAGUUGUUCGGAUUUUUGUUGAUCAAAACACGACAAAACUUUAUUCAGUCAAAAUGUGGGUUAAUAAAAUUGUUUGUUUCUCGAUUCUUUCCGGUUUCAUUCUUGUUGCUGUUGGUGGUACAUCGAUUGAUCAUGGAAAUAUCAACGACAUUGAUGAAGAAAUGUCUGAUGAUUUACCAGAACUCAAACGUGUUGCUCGUCAAUGCGGAGGAUUUGGACCAUUGGGGAUGAUUUUGGGAGAAGCUGGAAGAAACAUCAACAUAACGCAAAUUCUUGGUGUCAUACGACAAGUCAUGCGGAUUUUAAACACAAUUCAACAGAACAACAAUAAUAACGGCAAUAACAAUAAUAAUAAUGAUGUUUCGCCUUGAUAUAAACUUUACCUGAAAUGGCAA